AUGGCCUCCGAGCACAACUCGCGGGACCAGCCCCCCCGGUGGUCCCCCCGACGCUCCCGCGUCCCGCGCAAGUCCUUCGAGAUCCCCGAACGCCUCCGCCAUGGUCAAGACGAGGACGAGGACGAAGACGUCACCGCGCCCAAGUCCAACGACCCUCGCUACACCCACCGUUCCGUCUUCGAUCUGAUCACUCACGCUGGCUCUGUCGCCAACUUGCGCUCUCGCUUCACCCACGACGAGCUCAGCGAGGGCGAGGAGGAAGCCGACCAUGCCGCGGUAACCCAGUCCCUCGGGCCCUCAGCACUUGCUGCCACCGCCCCCCAGAGCUCAGCCCAACCAGAACAGAAGUCCGAAAAGCAUCGUCGCAACCGUUCCAUAAUCCGCACACUCCAGAAGCUCCACGUCAAGCCCUCCAAGGACCGCAGCCACGCCCCCGCCGAUGAUGCCAUGUCCUCCUCGCAGAUUCUCACGCCGAAACCGCCACAAAUGGAACAAAACGAGACGGGGAAUGACGGGACCAGCUCGGUGGAAGGCCAACUGAAGGCCAAGGCUGAAAUGGAGGCUUCCGCCCUCGGGUCGGACCUCCGUACAGCGCACGAUGCCUUCGGCGUCCGCCAUUCUGCGGUCAAAGGUCCCGAUGAUCUCUCACAGAGGCUCAUGGAGAUUUUCGGAUUCGACGCUGAAGAGGAUGUCGUUUCUGAACACCCCUGCUGGUUGCUGCAGACCGUCCUCCUCCAGGGUUAUUUGUACAUUACUCAGAAGCACAUCUGCUUCUACGCCUACCUGCCCAAGAAGACUAAGGAAAUCACCAAGUCCGGAUAUCUCUCCAAGCGUGGCCGUACCAUGUGGAACCGAUCAUGGUUCAUCCUGAAGGGUGACGUUUUGGCAUAUUACAACGACCCGACCGACCUUUACUUCCCUCGUGGCCGGAUCAACCUGCGCUACGCCACAUCUGCCGUUCUGAUGGAACACAAGGACAAGGCUCGCGAGCCCACCGACAUUUCCAUCUCUACCAACCAGAAGAAUUACGUACUACGGGCCGAGAGCGCUGCCAGUGCCAAGGAAUGGGUCAAACUGCUGCAGAAGGUCAUCUUCAAGUCCCACAAUGAUGGGGACAGCGUGAAGAUCUCUAUCCCACUCUCCAACGUCAUGGAGAUCGAGGACAACCCUGUACUGGACUAUGCCGACACCAUCAAGGUCGGGGUCGUUGACAAUGACGAUUCGUACGCCGUUGACGAAUACUUCUUUUCCUUUUUUGGCUCCGGCGAGGAACCAAUGCGUUUUAUGAAGAACGUGUGGGACGGCUGCAGGCGGCAACCAGGUCUUACGGCUGAGCGCCCUACGACGCCUGCAGGUGAAAAACGCCUCAAGACACCUGCUAGCCCCCCAUCUCGUAACUCCGGAAGUCCGGUGCGAUCUACCAUCUUCCAGCCAACUCUAGGGACGCUAUCACCGACUUCCCCGCCGUUUCGCCGCCCAUCGAGUCGAAGGGUCAGCGGCGAAUCCGCGAGAUCUAGUUCUGACCGGGGACGACGCAGCUUCAGUAGAGGGCAGGAGAAACGGCUUUCUGGUGUCGCACAAAGCGAGGGCUCCUCUAGGGUACGAGAUUCCUCUGAAUCUGCCUGCCUUUCGAUGGAACCGGACACAUCAUCGUCUGCCGCCAUUCAAUCGAUCAAUGAGACGGAUGCAUCCGCUAGCCAAAUCCUCAGCCGUAGCGACGUCUUUCAUAGACCCGCUGUAGAGCUUGCGGAUUCGGAUGUCAAUCCCAGAGCGUCCCAGGACACCGCUCGCUCAGCAAAGAAGCAUCCCUAUCCCAGGACAGAGCAGACCAUCAGCACACGCUCAAGGACGCCGGUUCAGAACUCGAGAGAGAUGGGAAAUGACAGUGAGCUUCAGGACGACAGACUGCAGGCAUCGGCUUCCGGUUAUUAUUCUGGGAUUGUUAGUGCUGGUGCGAAGCCGUUCACGAGAGCCACUGGACUAGUUGGCUCUCUCAGGCGGGGGACACUGGCACUGGGCAGCCGGCUGACAACAGAUACCAUGAGCGUGUAUGACAAGGUGUCCGGCAUGUGGGCUGGUGGACGGAAGCACUAUGGGGAGGACGGUCAGAUCUUUGACGAAGAACCACGCGAUAUCGUUGAUGACUCGGACGCUGUCUCCCAUAACGAGCGCUUCCGCCAGCACUUCGCCUUGCCCGAUAGCGAGAGCCUGCGAGCAACCUUCUUUUGCAAUCUGUGGAGGGUGCUUCCGCAGUACGGGAAAAUCUACAUGAGUGACAGGUACUUCUGCUUCAGGAGUCUCUUGCCAGGUACUCGGACCAAGCUCGUCCUGCCCCUCCGUGAUAUCGAAAACGUCAUGAAGGAGAAAAGCUUCCGUCUGACCCAUCAGGCUCUCGUCGUGGUUGUUCGCGGUCAUGAAGAGUUGUUUUUCGACUUUUCGCGCGGCGAUAUUCGAGAUGACUGUGCAGUUACCAUUCACCAGAAACUCGAGCAGGUUCGCUACCUGCAUUCCUCGGGGCUCCUCAGCGAAGAGAACCUACUGCAAGCUGAGGAGGCAAAGGCGGAGAAUGACCUGCUCCAACAUGCUCGAAUCCCGGAAAAGCAGCCCGCGCUACCGGCGCGCAUUGACGAGCUGGAGCAAUCUGGAGCCGCUAUCAUAUUCGAUGACCCCCAGGCCUCCAUGCUUGAUUUCACCCCCCGGGAGCCCAUGAGGAUCACCUGUCUGACAAUCGGGUCCCGCGGAGAUGUCCAACCCUACAUAGCGUUGUGCAAGCGACUGAUGAAGGAAGGACACCAGACAAAGAUCGCGUCUCAUGAAGAAUUUGGCGAUUGGGUCCGCAGCCACGGCAUUGGUUUUGAGCCUGUGGCAGGUAACCCAGCCGAGCUCAUGCAGCUUUGCGUUGAGUCUGGUAUGUUUACUGCUACCUUUCUAGCGAAGGCGCAUUUCACGUUCCGCGGCUGGUUGAGCGCACUCCUCGAAUCUGCAUGGCAAGCUUGCCAGGAUUCCGACCUUUUGAUCGAGAGCCCUAGCACCAUGGCCGGAAUCCACAUCGCCGAAGCAUUAGAGAUCCCCUACUUCCGCGCGUUCACCAUGCCCUGGACCAGGACACGCGCCUAUCCGCACGCCUUUGCGGUUCAGGAGAAAAAGAUGGGCGGGACCUACAACUUCCUCAGCUACGUGCUGUUCGAGGAAGUAUUCUGGAAGGCAACCUCAAGCCAGAUAAAUUCUUGGAGGAGGAAGACACUCAAACUGGCACCAACGAGCUUGAAGAAGCUGCAGAUCAACAAGAUCCCCUUCAUGUACAACUUCAGCCCUUCGGUAGUCGCACCACCUCUUGACUUCAGCGACUGGGUUCGCGUCACUGGAUAUUGGUUCCUCGAUGAAUCCCAGAACUAUAAGCCCCCAAAGGACCUCCUUGACUUCAUCAGCCGGGCUCGCAGUGACGGAAAAAAGCUUGUGUAUAUCGGCUUUGGCUCGAUUGUCGUCGAGGACCCCAGGGCGAUGGAGAAGUCCAUUGUUGAGGCUGUGGUGAAGGCAGACGUCCGUUGCAUUCUGUCGAAAGGUUGGUCUGACCGUUUAGGUAAAGACGAGAAACCCAAGGUGGAAGUGCCUCUUCCCGCAGAGGUCCACCAGAUCAGCUCUGCUCCGCACGACUGGCUGUUCAGGCAGAUCGACGCAGCUGCACACCACGGAGGAGCUGGUACUACGGGUGCAUCUCUCCGCGCCGGCAUUCCGACCAUUAUCAAGCCGUUCUUCGGCGAUCAGUACUUCUUCGCAUCUCGCGUUGAGGAUCUCGGCGUCGGAGUCCACAUCAAGAAGCUGAAUGUUGGCGCCCUUUCCCGUGCGCUUUGGACGGCUACACAUGACGACCGCAUGAUCACGGGUGCACGCUUGGUCGGCGAGAAAAUCCGCAAUGAGGAUGGCGCUGGCGAAGCGGUCAAGACCAUCUAUCGGGAUCUUGAGUACGCUAGGUCGCUUAUCAAGUGGCGCAACCGGCCCAUGACUGAAGACGAUUUGGGCGAUGAUGCGGAGGAAGAAUGGACCUUCGUUGAUGACGACAAUGAUCCUGAGCUGCGGCGCCACACAGAAUCUGAUCAAGCGGUUGCGCAGAUGCAAGCUCAGCUUAAACAAUUACGCCAAGGAGGCCACGGGCCCGAGGGCGUAAGUACCUAG